GAUGUGAAAAACAUUCUCAUUAGAUCCUUUAUUAUUUUCUUCUUCCUUUUGAGUGGAACCAAACAGAGGAACCUUGUACUUCCAAGAACCGUCUAUCUUAUUUUCCUUCCUUCUGCAACCAAACAGAGUCUAAGGAGACAACUCAAAUCAAAUAGUUUGAUAUUUUAAUUUUGUAUCGGCUGAUUCAAAUCGAACGCGAAAUUCAGUAAUUCAGCAACUGAAUCACAGAAUCUAUGGACCCAGAACCUCAAAAUUCAGAAAAUAGCGAUUCUGUCUUUGUUUGGGACGAAAACUCGCAGCUUUAUUUCCACGCCAGUAGUGGAUUUUAUCAUGACCCUAAUGCUGGUUGGUACUAUAGCACCAAUGAUGGUGUUUAUUACAAAUUUGAAGAUGGGAAUUAUGUACCUUUAGAUUCCAAUAAGGAUAAUUGUGAAGAAACAUAUGUGUGCGAGGAAACCAAAUCCGAAAGCCCUCGGCAAAUACAUGACAUUAAUAACAAUGAGGAUUGCCCUUCCUUUCUCGGAAACGAAUUUGAAACUAACCAACGGACUGGAACGUUGGCUGAGGAAGCUGCGGUCGUUCUGUCAACAAUGUUACAGUAUGUAGAUGUCUUUGUAAUAGAUGCCCCGAACUCCACCAACAGUCCAACUUGUGAAAACCCUCCACCACCAUCGGAAUGGUUGGAGGACACGCUUAUUGAUCUUUACUUGUCUGGCUACAACAACAUAGCGCUCAGUGCAACUGAUACAGUGACACUGCCCCUGGAAACCGAUGGAUAUAACUCCACAUUAGAAGCUAACGCUCACAGCAACACUUAUGAAGUGGAAGGCGAGUGGAACACGGGCCUAGAGGAUGAAAAUGGCAUGGCUGAUGAUAAAAGAAUUGUAGAUGAAUUUGUAGCUUACAGUGAUAUGUAUGAACUUGAAGAAGGUGAGUGGAUCCCAGAUCCAGAGGACGAAAAUCACAUAGCUGAUACAAGUACCAUAGAUGAAGGCAUGUUGUUGGAUGAAGAAAAAUGGAGAGCUCAGUAUGGUCAAGUCAUUGAAUCAAGGAAAGAUUUGGCUUUAGAGUUUCCAGUUGUGGACUUGUGGGAUUGGGAAAUGGUUAGAGCUUCCAAAAAAGAUGAAAAGGGUAGGGUGGUAAAGUUGGUCGGAAGACUGGUUAAACAAUCUGCAAAGCGACAUCCAUCUAUCUCAUCUGGUGAAAAGAAAUUUAAAUCUGCUCCUAUCUGUGAAGUGCAUCUCGAUCUGGUACGAGUCAAAACAGGACAAGUGUAUAGAUUGCGAAAUCCUAGUGCAAGAUAUGUGGCUUCAUUAUCAAGUUACGAUUCUUCCGAUCCUACAAAAGAUUGGGAUUUUCCUCAGCUAUCGUCUAAUACAAAUAGCGCACAUGUAUCCAAGUCCGGUGAAAGUACUCCGUCCACUUCAAAUGAAAUUUCUACAGAGAAGGAUUUGCCUAUGUUGCCGAGUCAGCUUUCUGCAUCCAAGCAAAUGAAAAACCAAUACAGAGAUCGGGCGGCAGAAAGAAGAAUCUUGCAUGGCGGCUUUGGUGUGGGUCCAGGACAGAAGAAUCUUGGUGGCGGUUUUGAUUUGGCACCAUCACCUGAUGCUAGUCCACAAGAAGCUAAAGAAGAGGCCUUGAAGAUGUCAUUUGGACCGGAUAGUUAUGCGAGGAAACUUUUAGAAGGCAUGGGCUGGAAGGAGGGAGAAGGGCUUGGAAACUCUACAAAGGGCAUGGUGGAACCUAUUCAACCAGUUGGAAACACAGGCAGUGCAGGCUUGGGAUGGCCUCGUCGAGAUCAACAAAAGGAUCAAGGCUAACUAUGCGGCAGCACCAUAGAGAAACAUACCUCCAUCCACCAGACCAAUGUAGCCUAUGUUUUCUUGUACCAUAUGCCUGUAUAAAGGUGUCUGGGAUUUUGAGAAAUAUAUUUUUGUUUCUAAAAUUUACUCCACUCAACAAUUUGUAGUUUUAUAAAAAAAGUUUGACUGAUAAUAAUUAGAUUAUUCAGUAACCAUCUCUUGAUUAAUGCAUUCUCAAAGUGUAUUGUUUCUCCAA